GUUGGUAAUUUAAAGUGACAGCUUUUUAUCAUCAUUCAAAAAAAUAUAUUGUCAAACUGUGUUUUUUUUUAAGAAAUCUAUGGAGUGUUUGAGUGUGUCCCAAGGAUAGCAUCCUCCCAAAAGGACCAAUAGAGGAUGCUGCUCUCUUCCAGGACAAACAACAAUGUAACACUUGAAAUCCGACUGACUCAACACCAGGCUUGUUGUUGGAUUAUUGCAGGAAAAAUAUGUGCGCCAUCUACACAGCCGACUUUGCAAGAUAACAAAAACUAACCCUUACAUUUCAGUAGCGCUAGAGCCAGAAUAGUAAUAGUUUCUUUUAUUGGGUGCCGGAUAAUGAACAUCCUGUCGAGCAUUGUGUCGUUCAAGAAUCUCCAUGAGCUGCGGAGAUUGUGUCACUGGGGCCCGGUCAUCGCCCUUUCCGUCAUUGCCAUAUGUUCCAGCAUGGCUAUGCUGGAUUCCGUUAUCUGGUACUGGCCUCUGGACACCACUGGAGGCAGCAUUAACUUCAUCAUGCUCAUCAACUGGACCGUCCUCAUUCUGUACAACUACUUCAAUGCCAUGUUUGUCGGGCCGGGAUACAUCCCUCUCGGUUGGAAACCAGAUAAUCAAGAGGAUGUCCAGUACUUGCAGUAUUGCAGAGUGUGCCAAGGGUACAAGGCCCCGAGAUCCCACCACUGCCGAAAGUGUAACAGGUGUGUGAUGAAGAUGGACCACCACUGCCCGUGGAUCAACAACUGCUGUGGCCACCAGAACCACGCCUACUUCACCAGCUUCCUGCUGCUGGCGCCGCUCGGCUGCUCGCACGCUGCCACCAUCUUUAUCAUGACCAUGUACACGCAGCUCUACGAGAGGAUCUCCUUUGGAUGGAGCACCGUUAAAAUCGACAUGAGCGCCGUGCGUCAGAGCCAGCCUCUCAUGCCCUUCAGCAUGGCCGCCUUUGCCGCAACACUCUUCGCCUUAGGCCUGGCGCUCGGCACCACCAUCGCUGUUGGUAUGCUUUUCGUCAUACAGUUGAAAGUCAUCAUCCGAAACAAAACCUCGAUUGAGUCCUGGAUCGAGGAAAAGGCCAAAGACAGAAUACAGCAUUACCAAACCGGGGAGGAGUUUAUCUUCCCGUACAACCUCGGCGGCCGCUGGCUCAACUUCAAGCAAGUGUUCACAUGGUCGGGGGCGCCAAGAGGGGAUGGCAUCACGUGGCCCGUCCAUCCCAAGUGUCACCAGCAUACCUUAACUGUUGAGCAACUGAAGCAGAAGGCCGACAAACGAGUGAGAAGUCAGGUCCAGUACCAGGCCGUGGAGGACUACAACGGAGCCUGCUGCCCCCUCACCAAGGGGAUCCAGACCUUUUUCCGAACGCCGUGCACAGAGGAGCCCAGGAUCCCCCUCAAGCAGGGCGACACCAUUCUGGCCACACGUGGCACCAAGUGGUGGAUGUACGGAGAUAAAGUUUUGAGCGAGGAGCAAAUGAGAGCCGGUGAGCGCAUCAGGGGAUGGUUUCCGAGGCGAUGUGUGGAGAAGUGCCAUUACGACACAGCGGCCAUAGAUGGCACCAGCGAGAAGAAAGUCAAUUAACAUGUGAUUGAUUGAUUGAUUGAUUGAUUGAUACCUAAAGGUCGCCCAUUCUCAUCCUGUAUACAUUCAAUGACGAUGUCACACCAGAUGCUGCAAUAUCGCCGCAUACAUCAUAUCGGUCAACGUUUUUUCCUCAACGCAUUUUGAUACAUUUUGAUGUACCCGAGCACUACGAGGACCCGCAGAGCUGCACCGUAGGCAAUGGAACGCGUGGCUUUCCGUCUCACUUUUCUGGCCAAACCCAGCAAGUCUUAAUUUUAACCAGUCGCCGCCAGGCUUUAAUGUGAUUACAUAAUGUCUUUACUUGAAUUUGUUGUUUUUAACGUGUGCUGAUGUCUGUUUUUGGCUAAUUAUGCAAUGCCUCUCCGCCCAGUCAACCCCCCCCCUGGGGCGACGUCAUGCAACUCUUUCUACUGUACCGAGAUAGCGCUUCAUUUCUUUUUGUUAUUUUUGUAAGAACAAGUUUGAUUGCC